AUGUCUCAAGGAACACCAAAACGGCACCCGAUUAACCAUUUCACGCAUAAUCAUCCCUUGACCGAAGUCAACGUUGUUGGCACAUACACGUGCAAUGGUUGCAAACUGUACGGCGUAGGAAAGACCUACCGGUGCAACGAGUGCGACUAUGAUCUCCACGAAUAUUGCGCCACGUGUCUUCCAACCCUCAGAAACACAUGGCACGCGCCUGAUCAUGAGCUUAACCUGAUGAGCAGCCCAGCGCACAUGACCGCGCGUGUGUGCUAUGUUUGCCGAGUUUACAUCCAAGGAAUGUUCUACAAAUGCAAGCACUGCAGUUUUGAAUCUCACCCGCUUUGUACACACGGUCCAAUGCAUGCCUCAUAUCCAGAUGCAACGCUGACGAGGCAGAGAAGCCUGCAUGACCCUCAUGCGGUGCAGCCACCGUGGUCCCCGCACCAUUAUAAUCAAGGAAACCACUUUGGGUCAUACCCUUAUGGUGGUGGUUAUCAUCCUCACCAUCAACAUGAGCAUCAAAGUCAACAUCCGUACAUGAACAUGGAUUCCCCAAAAGCGGAUUCUAAGAAAGAUUCAAGUAAGGGUAAGAAGAAAAAGGGAGGGAUUUUGGAAGGCGUCCAGGCAGCAGCAGCUCUAACUGGUACCGUGGUAGCUCAAUUCGUAGUUACGACGGUCGCGGAAGAAUAUAUCUUCCAUGAAGAAUAA